UUUGUUGGUUGGUAUGAAUGGAUAAAUGUAAUACAGUGGUCAGUGUGGCAUUCUGCUUUAAAAAGCAAAUAAGAUUAAAAGACAGCUGAAAUAACUGAGUAGGCCUGUGUCUGGACUUAAUAGCUAACAGGUCUACAGGUCUUCAUUGUCUUGCUGCAAUAUUCUAAACUGGGAGGUUAAUCUUUAUUUUACUAGAAAACAUGUGAGUAUGGGUUGCGUAGUGGCAGUUUCAUGGAAGUACUCCAGUUCCCAUGGUGCAUUGCAGCGGUAAACAGAACGACUUCCUGAGGUCAAAGUUAAACACUGUAACAUGUGUGUUUCAGUUGUGUAGCGGUAACUUUGUGAAGUAUGAGGCAAGGUUUAAUAUGAAAAUACCUUCCGUCGUUACUUUUGCGUGUCUGUUUUUGUCGCCUUCACCGUGUGUCGGAUAUGUCCGUGAACGCAUCAAAACAAGAGCUGAUCCAGCUGAUCCACCGCCAUUUGAAGGAGCAUGGUUUCCACUCAGCUGCAGAUGAGCUAGAGAGGCACAGCCCACAGGGGGAGACAAAAAUAUCUGCAUCACUACUGGAGAUCUACAAUUCAUGGUUAAAUGACUCAAAAAAGAAAAGGCGGUCUAACUCAGCCAAGCUCUCCAACUCUCAAGAACAAAGAAAGACUCCCACUAAAGCUCCACCCAGGACCCCAGUUAAAUCAGCUUCAGCAUCAACAGCUGUAACAGCUUCCCCUGUUGCCACACCAAAGAAAAAGAAGGACAAACCAGGGAAAAAAACAGAGACACCAACAAAGAAGAAGUCCGUGCCAGCAAAAAGGAAAAAAACUGAAGGAAAAUCAGCAGAAAAUGUUGUCAAGGUGAAGAAAUCAAGGGCCCAAACAAAAGACAAAGCUGUGGCUGCUGGUGGAGAUGAUUCAGACUCUGACAGCAGUCUGGAUGUAGAGAAAUGGAAGAAACUUGUCCUGGAGUUUACAGAGGCUGACAUAGCCAAGAUGGACACCAUCAACGCUCUGGACUCCUCUGCACCACCGCCCAAGAAGAAGAGGGUCAGAAAACCCCGGGCUAAGCCUCCUGCGAAAACCGACGCUCCCACUCAACAGGAUGACGGAACUGUUGAGAAGAAUGAAAAGGUGGAGGAGAAAGCAACAGGAACGCCGACGAAGAACAACGAACGCAAGAAGAGCAAUCCAAAAAAGGCAGCGCCUGUGACCCCCUCUGCCGACCCGAGCCAAGAGCGAAACCUCGACACUGCAGAGGAUAGACCAGCAACAUCCACUGUCUCUCCAUCAAAACAGACACCGGCAAAAGAGAAAAGAAAAGUGGUGACUCCCAGUGAUGAAAAAAAUGAUGAAACAACGUCUGAGCCAAAGAAGAAGAAGAAGAGGAAAAAGGAGGUGACUGAGGACAAGGCGGAAGAGAAGGCGAAUGAGACUGGUGAGGAUGGAAAAGAAAAAGAGGAGAGGAAAAAAAAGAGUGAGGUCAUAGAGAAAGAGAGUGCUGAUCAACCUGUGGAGGAGAAGAGAAAGACGGGAGGAACAAAGGGAGACAGCAAAAGGGAUGAGACUGACGAGGAAAUGAUAGAGAGAGACAAAAAUGGAACUGCCAAUAAUGAAGAAAUGUUAGAGCCAAUAGUACAAGGAAAAAAACCCAAGAAGAAGAAAAAGGAGAAAACUGACAGUGAGGAAAAUUCAGAGCAGACAACUGAAGAAAAAAAAGUCAAGACGAAAAAGAAGAAAAAGACAGCUGAUAGUGAGGAAAAUCCAGAGCAGGUAGCUGAAGAAGUAAAAGAAAAUACAGAACAGAUAGUUGAGGAAAAGAAAGCAAAUAAGAAGAAAAAGGAGACUGCCAAUAGUGAAGAAUAUUCAGAUCAAAUAGUUAAAGAAAAGAAAGCAAAGAAGAAGAAAAAGGAAAAUCUAGAUGAAGAGAAUUCAGAGCAGAUAGUUGAAGAAAAGAAAAAGAAAAAAAAGGACAAGGCUGGUCAUAAUGGAGAAACGUCAGAGCAGGUCAUAGAAGAAAAUGUAACCCCGACAAAGAAAACAGAGAGCAGUGACAGGGAGGAACAGCCAGAGCAGACUACUGAGGUGAAGAAGAAAAAGAAAAAGGACUCAUCAUUGAAAAGUAAUUCAGUUGACACAGAGCCUCUACCUCCACCUGAACCGGAGACACCAAGUCCUACAACAGAGAAGAAGAAAAAGAAAAGCAAGUUGAAAUCAGCUGACGUCCCAGAAUCACCUGCGGUUUCUGUCCAAGACGCCGCAGCAACAGAAACCCUCCAAACACCCUCCAGUGACACCCACAAAAAGAAAAAGAAAUCCUCCAAGAGCACAGAAUCAUGAAAAGAAUCAUCAUUCUUCACCAGCGCAGAACCAAGGGAUGAAGUCAACACAUCCUCUGCACCCUGUUUCUAAUCAUAUUUUAAUGGUUAGAAUGAACUGUAAAGAUGGAAUGACUUUUUUACAUUUUGGUACAUUUUUAUCUUUGUUUAUCAUUUGUUUUGUGAGUUUACCACGCUGAACGAGGCAUCCUGUGUCACAGCUCUCUUUUUUACUCAGUGUUUUAUAUGUCAUUUGCCGUUUUAAUGGCAUGAAUAUGUUAAAGGGAUUGUAACUGAUUAUUUCAUGGAAUGGAUGAUCCCUCUUGGGAUUUUUUAUUUUUGAAAUUUAAUCACUGAUUGAAUGGAGACAUGCCUCUUUUAAGCUCAUUCUCCUUCAGUCUGAGGAAUUUCCCCCCAUGAUUAUCUAAAUUAAACUAUCUUGGUUCUCUGAAUUGUUAACAUCUCAGAUUUUUAUAGUAAUUAAAAUAAAUAAUUAGAUAUAUCUGUUAUCAGUUUAUGUUUACUACUGUUCCAGCUGGCUUGUAAUUGGCCCCAUUAGACAAAGAUUUUGUGGAGAAAAAAAAACCCUUUCAUAUUUAUUUUAAAAAAUUAUAUGGAAUUGUUUUAAUAGCCUAUUUUGCUAUUGGGUGGAGGUUCUAUGUUUGUGAAAAGCAUGUUUUUUAGACAAAAGUUUUUACUGUUUGAUAAAGCUUUCAUAUAUGCACUGUACAUUGUGCUUUUCAUACAAAUUAAACCCUAUAAUUUUUUGUA